AUGCCUCCUCCGCUCCCCUCCUCCCACCGGGGAAUGACCAAGAACCCCGUCAAGCCUGCUCGCUAUCGCCCUGGAAAGCCUAUCGCAGAGGAGCCCUCGUCUGAGGAAGAGGAUGAGGAGGAGAACCCCGAAGAGGAACGGGAGGCGCGUCGAGAACAAGAGCGGCGCAGACGAGCCGAGGCACUGCGCCGAGCAAAAGCGCCCAAAGCAAGCUCAUUCCCGGCUGCUGCUGCUGCUGCUGCUGCUGCUUCUCAAAAGGCUGAAGAGGAUGAUGACGAGGAGGGGUUCGUCACUGAAGAAGAAGAUGACAAGCGCACACCCGCACCCGCGCCAAAAGCAGUACCGCAUCCUACGACCGACGAAUUAAAACCUCCUGUGUCUAUAACUGCCGCGAAGAGCGACGAAGAAAACGAAGAAGAGGAAUCGGAAGAGGAAGAAAGCUCCGAAGAAGAGAGCAGUUCCGAAGACGAGGCACCCCGCCGCAUGCUCAUCCGACCAACAUUCAUCAAAAAGGAUAACCGCAACACAGCAGCCUCAUUGGCUGGGAAGACACAAGCACAAGCAGACGCCGAACGAGCGGCCGAAGCCGAAGCCCAGCGUGCCGCGCAACGCCAGGAAAAAGCAGACCAACUAAUCCGCGACCAACUGGAGAAAGAAGCGAUAGCACGCUCAACCGCGAAUCGCGCCUGGGACUACGACGAGCUCGUCGAGGCCGAGGACGAAGAAGCUAUCGACGACACAGACGGCCUGGACCCGGAAGCCGAGCGGGCAGCAUGGACACUGCGAGAACUGAAGCGGGUUCAACGAUCCCGGGAAGCAAUCGAAGCAAGCGAGAAAGAGCGCGAAGAGAUUGAACGUCGCCGGAACCUUACAGCCGAGGAGCGAGAGCGCGAAGAUAGCGAGUUCAUCACGCAGCAGAAGGAGGACCGCGAUGCGACGCGCGGACAGACGGGCUUUAUGCAGCGGUAUUUCCACAAGGGUGCUUUCUUCCGUGGGGAUCUUGAGGCGCAGGGCUUGGAUCGUCGCGAGCUUAUGGGUGCGCGCUUCGAGGAUGAUGUCAAUCGCGAUACGUUGCCGCAGUACAUGCAGGUGCGCGACAUGACAAAGCUUGGAAAGAAGGGCCGCACGCGUUACAGGGAUCUCAAGUCGGAGGAUACGGGGAGGUUUGGGGAUGGGCUGGAGAAUAGGAGGAGGAGGGAUGGGCCGCCUGGGGGUGUUACGGAUGAGAGGUUUAUGCCUGAUCGGUGGGGUGGUGGUGAUGAUGGGGACCGUGGACCGACGGGGGCGAAUGCUAGUGUUGUUCGGCCUCGGCGCAGAUCCAAGUCGCGUUCGCCUCGGCGGGACAAGCGUGAUGAUAGAGACUCCGGUCGGUUUGAGCGGAGUCGAUCCAGGGAGAGGCGAAAGCGAAGUCUGUCGCCUUAUGAUGACCGCGAGAAACGUCGGCGGGUGGACAGUUCCUGA